GGAACUAACGCGCCGACUGCAGCCUGUACUAGACGGUCGUUGGAGACGGCGGGACUCCUCUCGACUUCCGGUGGUGCAGCGGAGAACGCUGCGCUGCUGUCACUGCAGAGAGUCAUGCUGAGCGAAGUAAUCACGGGCUCUGAGGGAGGAGAAGGCUUCGUGCUAAUUAAAGACUGUGUUCAAUGCGGUGGUCGUGGCCUGCUGAAGAGUUUUAUCAAAGCUGCACUGCUUCGGAAUGAAACUGUCCAUGUUUUUGAAUUUGAGAUUUCACAGGAAGAAAUGUACUCUGGAUUGACGGAUGGAACAUCUUCAAGUCUAGUUUUUCAUAAUGGAUAUACAGAUCCUCUUAACUGGAUUAGCAAUGAAAAACCCUUUGACUUCAGCAUCCAGUCUAUAAAGUCACAAAUCGACCAAUCAAAGGACAAGGAAUCAGAAGCUAAAAAUGUCAUCCUAGUUCUAGAUUCACUGAGCUGGCUUCUCCAUCACAUUCCCAUAACUGAUGUCUGUCAGCUGCUGCAGGAGCCGAAGAGAAAAGAGUCAACCGUGAAGCGAAUUAUUGCACUUAUGCACUCCGAACUUCAUGAUCAAGGUAUUGUUGGUAGUGUAAGUCAUAUGGCAAACACAGUUGUGACAUUAUCCCCAAUCCCAGAAUUCACAACAGUAAAUUGGGAAGUAGAUCCUUAUGCCAUCGGAGAAACAGUUCAACGCAAGAAAUCAGGCAAAGUUAACAGAGAGGAGGAAUGCUACACUGUACAGAAAGACUUUUCUCUCAUUAUUCAUCAUGACUUACACAACAGAAAGCAGGCCAUUCCUAAACCAGACAAUACAGCCCAAGUGGACCCUGCGGCUAAUUUAACAUUUAAUCUUCGACUAUCUGAGGAAGAACGUCAUGCAAAAGAAAGGCUUUCUCUUCCAUUCACCUUUAGUGAAAAAAAGAAGCACUCUAUCUUACAGCCUCGUCCAGGUGGAGGAAAGAUUGUUUAUGAGCCUGAUGCCCAAGAUGACUUUGAUGAGGAGGAUCCUGAUGAUGACUUAGAUGUCUAGAAAUGGUCUUUAGAUUGUUUCAAACUGUUUGCUCAAGUAAUGCAUGCUGUAAAAUAUCACCUAAGAUCAAUUGUCAAUGUACUGUGGUGUCUUUUUUGUAAAAUAAAUGUGUUUACAUUUUUA